AUGUUGACUCUGCUUCUUGCCAAGAUUACAGAGAUGCACCCGGUGUUGUCAACCAUGGCAGCCUCGUCGGUCCGCAGACAAAUCAGCGGGGUGAUGGGCUCGACCUCGUUGGCGUGUUGGAUAGUGCUCUUGAUGCCGCAAUUGAUCGAGCAAUGGCGGUUGAAAUCAGCCGAAGGGAUCGCGAUCGGGUUUAUCUCUAUUUGGUUUUUGGGGGACUUGUUCAAUCUCGUUGGUGCGAUAUGGGCUCGCUUAUUGCCCGAGGUGAUAUUUCUUGCCGUGUGGUUUUGCAUUGCUGAUUCCUUGAUGAUUGCAAGUUAUAUUUAUUAUACCAAGAUAUACAGGCCCAAGAGCAAACACCACCAUCAUCACCACCAUCAUCACCACCAGGAAGGUGAGCUGGCAAGAGAGGUAAUUGAGACAGAAGUGACUCCACUUGUGCCUAAACGCAGCAGGAGAAGCAGCACGUUGACCGACAUUGCUUUGGAGCCAGAGCAGCAUUCCGUGUUUGUCAAGUACGUUCUUCCAAUUAUCUUUGUCGUGGGGGCAGGUGCGUUGGGCUUUCUUUUAUCUGGAGGAGACUCGCAGCCAUCGAACCCCGACCACCCUUCUGCGCCAACACAACCACAACCACCAAAGGACUCGAUCCAGUUGGGGCCUCAGAUUAUGGGAUACUGCUCGGCGCUCCUCUACUUGGGCGCACGUAUCCCGCAGAUUGUGCAAAACUACAAGAGGAAAUCAGUAUAUGGAUUGAGCUUGCUUUUCUUUCUUUUUUCAACGUUGGGUAACUUGACUUACGCCGGCCAGAUUUUGUUUUAUAGAAACGACUGGCAGUAUGUCAUUUUGAACAUGAGUUGGCUCUUGGGCAGUUUGGGGACGAUUUUCGAAGAUAGUGUUAUAUUUAUCCAGUUUUACAUGUACAGGGACAACUCGGUGGUGGAUGAAGGUGCCUAG